GAGGGAGGGAGGGAGAGAGAGGAGGAGGAACUACUGGAGGAAAAAAAGUUAAAGUAAAAAUGGCUUCCUUGUCUUUGGAGUCUACAGAACAAUCCGAGAACAGCCCAGAGGAGCCGACGGCCACGGAGUUCAAAGAAGAUAAAGAUCCGGUGCACAUUUCGGAACAAUUGCUCCAAAGUUUCCAAAACUCGUCUUUGAGUUUUUCCACUGACCAAGUAUCAUGUCUGUGCGAGGCCCUCCUGCAGGCGGGCAAUGUGAAUCGCCUGUGGAGAUUUCUUUCCACCAUACCUCCUUCGUCCGAGCUGCUACGUGGCAACGAGACCAUGCUGAAGGCCCAGGCACUGGUGGCUUUCCACCGUGACGAAUUCAAGGAGCUGUACGCCAUCCUGGAUAGCUACGCCUUCCACCCGUCUAACCAUGGGUUCCUGCAGGACCUGUACCUGAAAGCCCGCUACAAGGAGGCGGAGAGGUCGCGGGGCCGCAGCCUGGGCGCAGUGGACAAGUACCGGCUCAGGAAGAAGUUCCCCCUUCCCAAAACCAUCUGGGACGGAGAGGAGACCGUGUACUGCUUUAAAGAAAAGUCCAGAAAUGCCCUGAAAGAUUGCUAUAAGAGCAACAGGUACCCCACUCCGGACGAGAAGAAAAACCUGGCCAAAGUAACCGGACUGUCCCUCACCCAGGUCAGCAACUGGUUCAAGAACCGCAGGCAGAGGGACAGGACCCCGUCCGGGACACACAGCAAAAGUGAAUCUGAUGGGAACCACAGCACCGAUGACGAGGGGAGCCCCAUGGACGACGGCCCUGACAAACCAGAGGAGGUUUCCAGUUCCACGGCCUCCAUCAUCUCUCUCUCCGCCGUCCCCUGCAGCGCCGGGGGCCAGCUCUUCCUCAACGGGUCCGGUGGCUUCCUCACAGCCUCUCAGCCGUUACUACUUAAUGGAAAUUCCAUCCUCUCCAGUACUGGUGCUGGUGUCAUAAUUAACGGGCUGAGCUUGGGCGAUUGCCAGACAGUCACACUGAGUCCUGUUGGAUCCAACUCUCCUUUGAUUCUGAACGGGGCUCAGGUAAUAACCAAAACUAGUCUGCAUCAGCAGCAAACUAUUUCCAUCACACCGCAGGAGGUUUUGUCCAUGGAGGCCAAGCAGAGCAGUCUUCUUAGCACUAACACCUCCCCGGUCUCCGUCAUCUCUCUUCCCCUGCAAACCAAAACAGACGGCGGCAAUGCAAUGAAUUUCAUCAGCGUCCCUGAAUCAGAGGGCAGCAUCCAGACAGUAUCUUCCUCUUCUUCAUCUUUAUCUCCUUCCUCACCAACUCUGUCCUCCCCCACCAGUCUCCCCUCACUAGUCUUAGCACAAAUCCCCCAGCGCCACGAGUCUCUCCCGGUCUCCAUGUCGUCCGCAGGCAUGGUGAUCUCCAGUUCUGCCCUGCCGUUCUCCAGUCAGCAUGGGGAGUAUGUUGUUUUUACCUCCGCUGGCUCCCACUUAAACCCUUCUAGCUCUUUGGUUUCCAGCAGCAGCUGCUCCCCUCAGGUCUUCUCUCUGCCCCAGGUCGUGCCUUCCAUCCAGGGUAUCCCAGUGUCUCAGCUGGUGCAGCACUCUUCAGGAGCCACAGUGUCCCAAUGCCCUCAGUUAGUCCCAGUUUCCUCCCUCACCUCAUCAGCUUCUCAGUUCCUAAACCACACAGUGAACACUAGCACCAGACUGCAACAGGAUGCUUUAAGUACUCUGCCUGAAGGUGCCACCACUAUAGUCUCUAUCUCACAGCUUAACAAUCAGCUCCAACAAAGCACAAACUCCUCUACGAGCACAAUCCAGGUCCCACAGCUUAUAUCCAUUUCUUCCCCGACACAAGUAGUGCCCAAAGCCUCCACAGCAGCACAGUUAGUCCCCCUCUCCAUGCCUCAGCUGAUCCCCGUCUCCCCCAUUCAAACUUCCUCCUCCAUCUCUUUCCCCCAAGUGGUUCCUGCCAGUCCUUCUCUGUCCAUCCCCUCUGCUGGACUGCCCUUACAGAUCCUGACCUCAGCUCAUGGAGGGGUCGCUCAGGGGCCUCUUAGGAUAAACCAGCUGAGGCCCCUGCAGAAUGUGGGUCACCAAACCAGCAUGGCCCCGGGUGUGCAGCUCCUCAACUCUGGGAUCAUUCAGCUGCCCUCUGCUGCUCCAGGUAACCUUCUGCUCGGUGGGAGCCCUUACCUGAGUGUCCACGAAGGCAAACUGAUCCUGACCAUCCCAGCCGGCAUCCAGCUCACCAGCCUGCCACUGAAACCGGUCCCGGAGGCGUCACCCAUCUAUGCAAAUGGACUGAGUCAACUUCUCACCCCCUCCACCCCUCCUGUAGUCUCUUCCACCUCAGGCCCGACCCACUUUACAUCAUCCACCCUAAACUUCAUCAACUCUUCUCCACCGUACUGUGCUCCAGAGAUGGGGACACCCUCCAUCCCGGCUUUAGAUCAUACAGUCACCUCUACAGCUCCAAACACUCUCACUCCAGAGAGUAUGCUUACCUUCAGUCCCAUGUACAGUGGGGGGACACCCAACAUCCAGCUGUCCCAGCCUGCCUGGAGCCCCAUGCCCCUCUCCACGUCAGCUAGUCUAACUCUGUUUGAUGUCCGCGGAAAGGGGGACCUACAUGUCGACCCGGCUCUGUUGGGGCUUCCUGGAGGAGAGUCGCUGCUCCAGGGAAGCCCCUCGUCGGAGCAGGAUGUGGAAACCAGCUCUGCUCUGGGGGAUCCAGAGGAGAUGGACGGGGACACCAAGAUACUCACUCAGCUGCAGUCCGUCCCUGUGGAUGAUGACCUGGGCUUGUAGUCUGUUUACUCUGCUGGUCGCAACCCAGUGUCUCAAAAAGAACAAAAACUAUAAAACAUACAGCAGAUAGAAGAAUAUGCCAAAUGUUAUUUUAAAAUGUUCAGGUACUGACGGUACCGCGAUGACGCUCUCACAGGGGCCUGAUACCAACAUGGACUUAGCUGGCACUUUUGAGAUUAAUCCUCUGCAGCUCUACUUCCUCGAUGGGCAGGGUUAUAUGGAAUGUUCUCAUGUGUCUCGAUUCUUUUUACAAAAAUCCACACGUGCCUUAUCUGUUAUCAGACGCAGACAGAAGAACAAAUACAUGUUGAUCUGCGUGCCCAGGUACACGUCCUGGUGUUAAACACGAAAAGACAAUUUUAUGCAAGGCGUUGCGGCUUAGCCUUUUUUCUCAGCUCUUCCUCACAGUUUUGUGGAUAACACUCAGAGUUCAGCUGUACUUGGAAAAUAUGGAUUUUGCUGGCAGUAUAAGUAGUUUGUUGUGGAUCCAACACAGCAACUAUACAUGGACAAUCUGACAAAGAGAUUCAGGGCUUAUUCUUCCAACACUCCAGGAAUAUAGAAUAUUCCUCGCAAAAAGGAACUUAAAUACGUUUUUGUGCUUCGAUGGGGCUAUACAGCAGUAUUUUAUAUUACAAGUUACUGAGCCCGGGCUGAAACAUGCUGUCUAACUGCAUUUUAUCAGUCAAAUCUGUUUUAAAUCAUGUUCUGCAGUUUUUCAGUGAGAAUGCCCUCCAUUAGUAAAGCAAUAACAUGGAAAAUAAAAGGGUCUAUGCUCUAUGCGAUGCAUGUUUAGUUUUUUUUAUCAGAUUGUAUGUACCAUAAUGACUCAGUUGAAAGCCAGUACACUUGGGAGACGAAAAAAAGCUUUUUGAAUAAUGUUUUUAAAGGAAGCAUGACACUAAAGAUUUGCUGUGAUCCCUUACAUGUAUCCAAAUUCAGCUAGUUGAUAUUGAUAAGUGCCUUAUUUGAUAACUUACAGGUUUGAUGUUUUUGAAAAGAUACGUUUUGACAUUUAACAGUUUAAGUGCUAUACACCCGUCCAAAUUAUGGGAUUCACUUUAUGACUUUUUUUGAAUAUCCACAUAAGUGUCUGAUCUCCAGUGAGAGUCAAUGUGACAGUUUUGGUCUCAUAGCUCGAUCUCCUCUAUUUGUAUAUUUUGCACCUUUCAUUCACACCAUGUUUACGCUGCGCUGCUGUGUUGUUAUGACAGUGGCUCGACUCAUUAUGUUCUGAAAUGCCCUUUUUAAAAAUCCAAAUAUGAUCCUCUUAAAUGGACUUUAAUACCACACCUUGAUACUGAUAAAUACACUAAUCGUAUUAUACGAGCUUUCCACUUUCAUAAUAACACAGGUAGCGGCCAAACUCUUUGGCCAAUUAUGGUACACAGAAUUCACUUCAGUGUCUCAUCUAGUUACAAUAAGGCCCUUUGUGUUGUAUUUUCUAUAUGUAUGUUUUUGUAUGUAUUUUUUGUACAUUUGAAUCUAUUUAAAGCAUGUAUCAAUCAGUAAGAAAAUGACUCCUUGUUGGAAAAACGCAGAUAGGAAGUAAUGCCCUUGGAAGGCCACAUUGUUGUGCAAUGGAGGUUUUACAAUCUUAGACUAUAGGUAUGAAAUCAAUUUGAGGGACAUUUUUAAAUACACUAGGUCAACCCUUGUUAAUACAUGUAAAUGUAUUUUGUUCCCAGUGACCUUUAAGGUAGAUUAUCAAAUGGCUUGGACAAAUCAAUUUUAUUAUGCAUUUUACUGAAAUUUCGGGGUAAAGGGAAUUGUGUCUUUAUAUGUAAAAUAUGGCAGCCUGCGUUUGCUAUUAUGAGCCAUUUAUUACCAAAGUUUGUAAAGAUUGAAGCCUUUGUGGGCUUACGCACAUUUGUACCCGUUUGUUUGUAGCCUGGGCGUGUUUUUAUCGUCUCCUACAUGACACAUAUAUGACUCCAGAUAUAACCAAAGAUAACAUGUUAUGAUAGUUGUGAAAGGGAUUUGUUUGUGUCAGGCUUUCAAGGUUCUUGUUUUUGUAUUAAAAUGCAUUCUAUUUUUUAUAUUACAUUAUAUUGUAAUAAACUACAUUUACAAAAAAAA